AUGAGAAUAAUACAGUUGGCUUACGCCAUCGGAACAGCACAAGCGAUAUGGAAUACAUUGUAUGCCUUCGAAUCGGGAAAGGCAUACCUUCAUCUCAGUAAUAAUGAUAUAAUACAACUAAACUUUACGUUGACAGGGAAAGACUUACUGUUGGUGAAUGACCAACAAAUAGAAACGCUAACUACAUCGCCGUCUGGCUCGUCUGUGUUUCUAUUCAAUGAGAAUCUUUAUGCUUUUAACGCAAAUGAGGAGGACUAUGAUAACGAAGUUUUGGACCUUUGCGGAGGUGGUUCCUUGAGUCUAUCUCAGUAUGUCUCGGAAUCAAACUCCUGGGAGGAGAUAUCGCUAAACUUCAGCUCUAUUGAAGACUCUUCAUAUUAUCAAUAUGCAUCUUAUUUAACUCCCAUGCUCUCCGGCGCAACUGAAAUGUAUAUUUAUGGAGGGUUAUGCAAUGGCACUAGGGAAGUGUCUAACAGGCUAUUGUCAUUUAACCCAGAAACAGGUGUUUUUGCUAAUAUAUCUACUUCGACGAAGCCUUCACAAUUCUACGGGGCUGCCAACAUAAACCCCGAUCCACAAUCUCAGUUGGUGAUAGGUGGUCAGGGUGAAGCCGAUAACAGCUGGUUAAGUAUGUUCCAGUUGGCUACGUGGGGGUUCUCCACUGGUUGGUCAUUCGAAAAGGUAGCUCAGAGUAGCUCAUCGAGCGGCACCGACACCAUAAACUCUAGGAAACAGGCAUUGGCUCUCCCUAUAUUUCUGCAGCUUGCAAAUACUUCUGUAGCAACCAUAGCAGACUAUUUUGGAACAACUGCCGUUUUAUUGUUAGGAGGAGAAUCUUCUCUGACUAAAAGCCUGCUGUUUAUAUCAAAAUUAGAUACUGACUCAAAUUCCUGGACUUGGACCAAUGUUAAUUCAACUUUCACUUCAGAAAAUGUUCUAGGAGCUGCAACCAUUUUCAAUACCUUGAUCGUUGUAAACGGUACUGCAGGAGCAGACGGAAAUGGCCAGUAUACUGUAAACUUAUACGAUACUGAUAGCCUUGAGUUAGUGAAAAGCUUGAAGGAGAAUACACAGUCUAGCGCAAGUAGUGCUUCAACUUCUACCUCUACUAGCAGCAGCAGUAGCAGUAGUGGUACAUCGACCCUGACUAAAGCAAUCCUUGGAACUAUUCUUCCCCUCAGUGCAUUAGGUAUGGUAAUUGGUGCAGCGAUUUUCUUCUUGAAGAGAAGAAAGACGAAUAAAGAAGAUGAGGUAGAAGAAUAUGACUACCAAAUCGGUAACUACUUCGAGCUGAGUACACUUGGAAGUGGCAGAGGUGGAAAGUUCGGCACACAUCAUGAAAAGAUCAACUUUUCUCAAUCCCAUCUACCUGGUAAUGUCAAUGCGGUGCAUUUCAGAACAAACAAUGACACUAAUUCUACUUUGGAAGAAAUGUCUAUAGACCUGUGGGUUAGAAAGAGACAAGAAUUCGAAGAUUCAAAGAAGAUAGGAGGAGGAGAAAAUUAUGCAUAUACUAAUAACGCUAACAAUUUCUCGGCCUCUUCAGAGACACUUAGUAGUGCUGCGACUGUAAUAUCGAUGUCUGAUGCCAGAAAUCCAUUCCAAGAAACAACAAAAAGACAAAGCGAAGACUCUGUUCAGGUCCUGCCAAUACUUCCGGUUCCUCCGCCACCAUUGGCAGCAAGAUUGUCUUCACCAUCCAUGGUGAAUAAAUCUGUCUCGCUUCUUAAAAAGAGUCUCUCAUUUAAUACGACGAACUCACAGUACGGGAAACUAAAGAAAAAACUGUCUACAUUAAGAUUGAAAACAGUGCCAUCUAGAGGUCCUACAUUAUUCGACGACGAAUUUGAUGAUGAAUCUGAGGAUAAAGAACUUGGGAAAGGAGCAUUCGGAGAAGAAGGAGAAGAAAUAGAUGACGAUGAUGAAAUGGGACAAAACGACGAAGAAUCUGUGGAUGGCAAUUUAGACGUGCAGGUGUUGGUCAGUUCCAAGAGAAGAUCCGUACUCAGGGUUGUCAAUCCUGAUUUUAAUGAUAUUCAAGAAGACACUGAAGAUGAAGCAUCCUUGAGACAAAGAGUCCCCUCUGGAGGGAAGGAGGGGGAUGAAAUCUAG